AUGACAUUAGAUUUUCUAGAUGAUACUCAAGUCGAGUAUGAGCAAGCAGUGUCACAGACAAAAUUUGGGAAAUUCCAUUUCUUCUUGCUUGCUGUGUGUGGACUAAUCUAUUUAAAUACUGCUGUCGGCAUAACAAUAAUAUCGUUUGUACUUCCUUCGGCAACAUGUGACUAUCGGAUGACAUCUGUUGAUAAAGGAUGGUUAACGGCAGCUCCGAUGUUGGGGAUGGUUCUUGGCUCAUAUUUCUGGGGAUGUCUUGCAGAUACAAAAGGCCGAAAAUACGUGCUGAUCAUAUCAUUGUUACUUGAUGGAAUUUGUGGCAUUCUCUCAUCAAUCUCACAAGUUUAUGGAUUAUUUAUAUUUUUUCGAUUUUUGAACGGUUUUGGCAUUACCGGUGCAAUGGCAAUUUGUUUUCCUUAUCUUGGCGAGUUUCAAUCGACAAAAUAUCGUGAGAAAAUUCUAUGUUGGAUGGAAGUUUUUUGGACAAUUGGAAUAAUCUUAUUGCCAUUAAUUGCGUGGCUUAUUAUUCCAUUACAUAUUGAUAUUACACUUUUUGGAAUCAUCAAAUUUCAUAGUUGGAAUCUUUUUGUCGCAAUAUGUGCCAUUCCGAGUAUCUUAAUUGCAAUUUGGCUCUUCUUCUUCCCUGAAAGUCCAAAAUUUCUUAUCGAAGUUGGUGAUGCAGACGAAGCUCUUGAUAUCUUAAAAGACAUUUAUCACAUGAAUACAGGACGACCAAAAAGUGACUAUCCAAUUAAAUCAUUGAAAGAGAAAGAACGUGAAAAGAAUAAUCAAAAUCUGGCAGUUCCAUCGUUGAGGUCAUUAAAUUUGAGAAAACCUAAGCAUCUUAAUAUUCUACUUAAAGAAAUAUGGGAGCAGACAAAAGCAUUGUGUAAAGCACCUCAUUUGAAAAAUACAACACUUACAUGCGCCAUACAGUUUGGCUUAACAGCUUCAUAUUAUACAUUGAUGAUAUGGUUUCCUGAACUUUUUUAUCGCUUCGAAGAGUACGAGGCUAAAAAUGGCGAUGCAGAAGCAUCUGUUUGUAUCGUCAGCAGCAUUGUGUUGAGAGAAAAUGAAGAGUUUUGUGGAAAUCCAAUCGAUAAUGAUGUUUAUUGGCAUACUGUGAUCAUCGGUCUAUCAUGUAUACCUACAAGUCUUCUCCUGCCAGUCUGUAUUCAUCGUGUAGGUGCCAAGCUUUUUAUAUUUUUUAGUCUUGUACUUGCUGGAGCUGCCACAAUUGGAUUAUAUUUCGUUAAAAAUGCAGCAGAAAAUCUUGUACUCUCAUGUAUAUUUGAAGCAUUAACAUCGCUUGGAAUCAGCACUGUUUAUUGUGUUAUGGUCGAUUUAUUUCCAACAAAUUUACGAGUUAUGGCAGCAGCAUUAAGCUUAACGUUUGGGAGAGGAGGUGCAUUAAUAGGAAAUCUGCUAUUUGGAUUUCUCAUCGAUUUAAAUUGCGUUGUUCCAAUUAUCAUCUUUUCUGCAUUGCUUUUCAUAAGCGGUAUUCUUUGUCUCUUUUUACCGUCAACGGGAAGAGAAGCUUUAAAUUAA